UGUUGACUUCCGGGAACGCGGUAGGCUCAGAUGCCCAGAGUGUCGCCAUGGAAGCCCGAGGGGCUUCCGCGGCCCCGGUCCCGGUCGGGGUACUACAUUAGGCCCAACCGAGUCGCCCCCGCCAUCUUCCCGGGCCAGGCACGGAUUCCCCGGAUCGCUCUCGGCAUGGGGGAACCUGAGGAGAUAGUGCCCGAUUCGGGUGCUGUGUUUACAUUUGGAAAAACUAAAUUUGCUGAAAAUAUUCCCAGUAAAUUCUGGUUUAAAAAUGGUAUACCUACAUAUCUUGCAUGUGGAGAUGAACAUACUGCUGUUAUUACCGGAAAUAGUAAACUUUACAUGUUUGGCAGUAACAACUGGGGCCAGUUAGGAUUAGGAUCAAAGUCAGCUGUUUGCAAGCCAACGUGUGUCAAAGCUUUAAAAUCUGAAAAGGUGAAACUUGUUGCCUGUGGACGGAACCACACCCUGGUUGCAACAGAAGGAGGCAAAGUAUAUGCAGUUGGAGGAAAUAAUGAAGGCCAGCUAGGACUUGGUGAUACUGAAGAUAGACACACUUUUGAUCUAAUUGAGUUUUUUACAUCCCAGCAUCAGCUUAAACAGCUCUCUGCUGGAUCUAACACUUCAGCUGCACUAACUGAGGAUGGAAAACUGUUUAUGUGGGGAGAAAAUUCUGAAGGGCAGAUUGGCUUAGAUAAUGUGUCUAAUGUAUAUGUUCCUCAUCAAGUGACUGUUGGGAAACCUAUUGCCUGGAUCUCUUGUGGAUAUUACCAUUCAGCUUUUGUAACAAUAGAGGGAGAACUGUAUACAUUUGGAGAAACUGAGUGUGGGAAGUUAGGUCUUCCCAAACAGCUACUGGUGAAUCACAAAGUGCCCCAGCUGGUGCCUGGAAUUCCCAAGAAAGUGAUCCAAGUAGCUUGUGGUGGAGGGCACACAGUGGUUCUCACAGAGAAAGGCGUGUACACCUUUGGGCUGGGACAGUUUGGUCAGCUGGGUCUUGGCACUGUUGUCUUUGAAUCCUGGGAACCCAAAAUCAUUGAAUCUGUUAAAGACCACAAAAUAACUUAUAUUUCCUGUGGAGAAAAUCACACAGCUUUGAUAACAGAUAUAGGCCGUAUGUAUACUUUUGGAGACGGUCGAUACGGAAAAUUAGGACUUGGAAUGGAGAAUUUUACCAAUCAGUUUGUUCCUACUUUGUGCUCUAAUUUUUUGAGAUUUAAAGUUUAUUUGGUUGCCUGUGGUGGAUGUCACAUGGUAGUUUUUGCCACUCCACGACUUGUUAUGGAACACAUUGAACUUGGAAAAAUUUGUGAUUCUCGUAUACCUGAAGCAACUUCUUUGCCCGUUAGCAACCUGACCUCGGGAAACAUAUUCCAUAGAACUUUAUCAGCACGUGUUCGUCGAAGAGAGAGGGAGGCAUCCCCAGAUUCUCUUCAAAUGACACAAACACUACCUCCCAUUAAAGGGACUCUUGAGUCGCCAGUUAGUUUUUCCCCGAGUUCAGUUCCUUUCUGUGUAUCUACAAGUAAUCUGCCAGAGAAAAUGAUGACUGAAAAUGAGGGCCCCAUGGAGCUCAUGGAACCAGAUUAUUUUCAAGAUAAAAUGACCAAAGUGAAGGAUACAGAUAGUUCUUCAUCAGCGGAUUCAAAAAGUCUUGGAGAAACUACUAAUGUCUUAAAUAUGACACAUAUGAUGAGCCUAAAUUCCAAUGAAAAGUCUUUAAAAUUAUCGCCAAUUCAAAAACAAAAGAAACAAGAAACAAUUGAGAAUCUGAAGCAGCAUACAACUCAUACUGAAAAUGAUGAUAGCAAUGAAUGUGAAAGUGAAGAGAUGUCCCAAAAAAUGAAAGAAGGGAAAGUAUAUAAACAAAUUUUGGCUAAAGGAACAUACAUGGUACCAACAGCUGGGAAUGUGGAAGCAUGCUCAGAUGAGGAUGUAGAUAACAACUCAGGCCAACCUGGGCCUCAGGCUGACACCAAUGAGAUGGGCUUACAAAAAGAGACCUUUAGAUUUGAAAAUAAACAUAGUAUUUAUCCACUUGAUGAUAAGGAAAUAGGAAAUAAAAAUGAUGGAAAAUGCAGUCAGGAAGAUUCAGAAGCAGAAGAAAUAGUCUCUGAGAAGGAAACUAAGCUGGCAGAAAUGGCAGGUCUGAAGGAUAUAAGAAAAAGUGAAGAGGAUAUAAAAGAUGUUAACAGAUUCUUUGAUGAAUUACCAAAUAGAGUCAUGAAUAUUGAUGAGUAUUUUGAAGAAAAUGAUUUUGUUAAGGAAAGGAAAAGGAACAAGCAAGAUGGGAUCUUUGACAAUGAAAGAGAAUCUGUAGAGGAGCCAUACAGUUACUUGGAAGGUGAAAGUGGAAGUCAGCACAGUACAACUGAUGGCUUUGAGCUGCCUGAGUCAGUAGAAUGUAGUAGUGGAGAAAAAGAUGAUGAUGAAAUGGAAACUUACCAAAACUUAUGGUAUAGCAGGAAAUGUAUUGAACAAGAACAUGAGGAAGAAACUGAACUCAAAAUACCCGAAUUCAUGGGAAAAUAUGAUUUUAAGUCUGACCACUUGCCAGAGAUUCCAGAGGAAGAGGAAGGAGCAGAGGAUUUAGAAAGAAGUGGAAUAGAGGAGCAAGAGGUAGAGGAAAAUGUGGAGAUGCAUGGAGGAAAGGAGGAGGAGAAAGCAGAGAUCCUGUCAGAUGACCUUACAGACAGAGAAGAGAAUUACAUAGUUUCAGAAAACGAAGAGCCAGAAGACAAAGAAGAGGAAAUUAAGGAACAUCUGGAAGAUGAGAAGAAAGCUGUGGGAGACGAUGAAAAUGUCCCUGCAGAUGACCACAGUAAAACUAGCGACGACUCCGUUGGAAAGGACAGAAAAACGAACCAAGAGGAACCGGCCAUUUCUGAAUACAAUGAAAAUCCAAAAGGAAACAUAUGUGAGCUUGCAAAGAGCAGUUCUUCAGAAAUCCUGGGAGAUAGUGAAUCCACACCAGGUAAAGACAUGAAAGUAUCAAAGAAGACUUACCUUUUUAAAAGACUGUCAUUGAUGAGUAUGAAAAGUAUGCCGAAUAAUAAUGAGCCACUUCCAGAAAUAAAAUCAGUAGGAGAUCAAAUAGCUUUAAAAAGCAAUAAGAAGGAUUUCAAACAGAACCACACUGAGCAAAGUAAUCAGGAUACGUCACCCCCAAACACUGAGAAAACAUCAAAAUCCUGUGUAAUACUUUAAAUAUAUAUUUAUGUGGUCACCGAGCACAUUGUAAUUUAUACUUGAAAAACAUGACUUCUUAAGGAAUGUUUCUGAUAACAAACUUGAAGAUAUAAGUUAAUAAUGUUUUAUUUGUUUUGAAUAGUUUGACCAGUUUUGAUAUUUAUUUAUGCUAAUAUUUUUGACAUGCGAUUUCAAAAUAUGUAUAUCUCAAACUCUAAGUGUUGUGGCCUUAACUGUUCAGUGUUCCAUAAAAAAAAUAUAUUUUUGUAUGUGAAGGUUGAAUUAAGAUAUUUCACAGUUUUUGCUAAACAGUUUUACAUCUUAUAAUUUCAUAAGGCAAUAUAUACAACCUCAAGACACUGUAACAGUUUUUAAUGUAUUUGCAAUUUUUAAAAACUGAGUCAAAAUUGUUUUUAAUGAGCAUAUUUUAAUAAACUAUGGUCGGUUCCAUGUUUAAAUGGGUGACUAUGAAUAAAGUUUGGGGGUACUUGGAGU